AUGGCCUCGAACCCUCCUGGAGAAUGCUGCACCCGCGGCGUCCAGCAUGACGGCACGCCCGCCGGAGAGAUCAAGGAUCUUCACGGCACCCAGACGUAUUUCGCCUAUCCCCAGGGUGACAGCAAGCCCGAGCAUGCCGUCCUCUUCCUGUCCGAUGUCAUUGGCAUCUAUCCCAACAGCCAGCUCCUCGCCGACGGGUUUGCGUCCAAUGGGUACCUCACCAUGGUUCCCGACCUCUUCCGCGGCAAUGCAUGGCAGCUCAACGCCGGCUCUGCGGGCCUCAUGGACUGGCUGAGAAACCACCAGCCCGAAUCCGUCGACCCCAUCGUUGAGGCGGCGAUUAGACACCUGCGGGAGGAGAGGGGCAUCAAGAAAAUCGCUGCCGUGGGAUAUUGUUUCGGCGCCAAGGUGCACUCUCUUCCCUCCGCAGCUCAUGAACCAACGCCGACGUGGGCUCCGCUAACCCAGGCAAAAUCGACGUCGGCUAUGUCGCUCACCCGUCAAACUGACUCCAUCUUCCCCGCCAAUCUCCGCCAUCAAUCCGAAGAGAUCCUCCGGAAGACAGGCCUACCCUACCAGAUCAAUUUAUAUAGCGGUGUUGAGCACUCGUUUGCUGUGCGCGGAGACUUGAGCAAGAAACAGAUCGCCUUUGCAAGAGAACAGGCGUUUAUCCAAGCCGUUACUUGGUUCAAGUGGCAUCUAUCAUCCAUGAACCUUGAUUCAUUCUCAAGUCAUUCAGAUUGGGCUCGUAUCUAG